CGCCGAUCAAUCCAAAAGAGGAAGAAAAAGAAAGUUAAAGUGACAGCCACGAACACAUACGUCUAAAAAAAUUAACAAUUUGUGUGCUUUCACGGUCGCUGUAAGCUUAAAAUGCUUUCUCUGUCAACGAACAUUCAACCCCAGGUGACAGUUCCCCUGAGUCACCUCCUGAAUGUGCUCCAUACUCUGAAGAACUCAGUAGGAAGCAGUAGUACCAUCAGCAAAUCAAGACUACCCAGCGAGCAUGCCUCUCAGUCAGAGCGACACAACCCAGAGCCCCUGUGGAAUCUACGGGAGCUUGGCCUGUCAGACUUGGGUGCCCAGCAGCUGAACGAGCUGGAGGGGAGCCUGUUACCGCUUUUGAAUUCACAAGAAACGCCACCCCCGAUAGCGACUGGUAGUCAGACAGUCUGGAGAACGUCCCACCUUUCCACGUACUCCUUUUUUCUAAACAAGCAUGGGUUCUCCAGUCAAAUGUCAGCCCCCGUUCUAUUCAGGCAGAACCAUUCUCCUCUUCGUUCUAUCUGCAUGGAGCUGCACCACUGUUCAGUGUGGAUACAGCGCAGAGGCUUUAAAACACUAAGGAGCAGAACCAAAAGACAACAGUCAGCCUACGAGCGCCCAGUAGAAUAUGAAGGUUUUACUCCGUCUUUCAUGAAGGGAUUUCUGGCACGCGACAAGGGGAUCGAUAUGGAAAGUCUCGACAGUCGAACGAAAAGCGGGAAUGUCCCAGAUGGGCAACAUGAUGCUUUUAACAGAGGAUUCACUGAGGGUUUUCUUAAAGCCCAAACUCUGACACAACGCACACAAGACUCCCAGAGAAGGAAUCGUCUCAUUCUAUUGGUGUUGCUUCUUGUUGGGCUCUACGGGAUCUCAAAGACACCCUUCUUAUCGGUGCGGUUCCGAACCACAACAGGCCUGGACUCUUCAGUGGAUCCUGUCCACUUGAAAAAUGUGACAUUUGAGCAUGUCAAAGGCGUGGAGGAAGCAAAGAAUGAGCUGCAGGAUGUGGUGGAGUUCCUGAAAAACCCCCAGAAGUUCACAGCCUUGGGAGGCAAACUGCCGAAAGGUGUUCUUCUGGUGGGGCCACCAGGGACCGGUAAGACCCUACUGGCCAGAGCAGUGGCAGGAGAAGCCGACGUCCCAUUUUACUACGCUUCUGGCUCAGAGUUUGAUGAGAUGUUUGUCGGGGUUGGAGCCAGCCGCAUCAGGAACCUUUUUAGGGAGGCUAAGGCUAAUGCUCCUUGUGUAAUCUUUAUCGAUGAACUGGACAGCGUGGGUGGGAAAAGGAUCGAGUCCCCCAUGCACCCCUAUUCCAGACAGACCAUCAAUCAACUGCUUGCUGAGAUGGAUGGGUUCAAAACAAAUGAAGGGGUCAUCAUUAUUGGAGCCACCAACUUUCCAGAGGCUUUAGAUAAUGCCCUGAUCCGCCCAGGACGAUUUGACAUGCAGGUGACUGUCCCCAAACCAGAUGUCAAAGGACGCACAGAGAUCCUCAACUGGUACCUGAAGAAGAUUAAGGUGGACCCAGCUAUUGAAGCCAAGAUUAUUGCACGGGGCACGGUGGGCUUCUCUGGGGCGGACUUGGAGAAUCUAGUGAAUCAGGCUGCCCUCAAGGCAGCAGUAGAUGGCAAAGACAUGGUCACCAUGAAGGAACUGGAGUUUGCCAAAGACAAAAUCCUCAUGGGCCCGGAGAGAAGGAGUGCGGAAAUUGACAAGAAGAACAAGAUCAUCACAGCAUACCAUGAAUCAGGCCACGCUAUCGUAGCUUAUUACACCAAAGACGCCAUGCCCAUCAACAAGGCCACUAUCAUGCCGCGGGGCCCAAGUCUGGGACAUGUGUCCCUGCUGCCGGAGAAUGAUCGCUGGAGCGAGACGCGCGCUCAGCUUCUGGCUCAGAUGGACGUCAGCAUGGGUGGGCGUGUCGCAGAGGAGAUCAUAUUUGGCAACGAGUACAUCACAACAGGAGCAUCGAGCGACUUUGACAGCGCCACCAAGAUUGCUAAGAUGAUGGUGACUAGAUUUGGAAUGUGUGAAAAGUUGGGUGUGAUGACCUACACUGAUAUGACGGAGCAGAGUCCAGAAACUCAAGCCGCCGUGGAGCAUGAAGUCAGGGUGUUACUGAGGGAGUCUUACGAGCGAGCCAAAGCCCUCCUGAAGUCUCACGCCAAAGAGCACAAGAACCUCGCCGAUGCGCUGCUCUCGUAUGAGACGCUGGAUGCCAAAGAGAUCCAGCUGGUCUUGGAGGGAAAGACCCUGGAGACCAGAUGAAAGAAGCCAGGAGGACAACAAAAAGUAAAAAAAGGUGGCUGUUUCUGUUUUAUUAUUUUCAAAGAGACUCAGGGCUGGUACAAAAACCUCUGAACCAGUGCAUUAGAACAUUUCAGUGUGAUUGGCAUUAUCCCCACAAGAGCGCUUGUGUACUGAAAGGCUAAUGCGACCUCAAACUUGUGCUUUUUCCAUGGUGAAUUAUGUCUGAAAACCCCUUCUAGACUGAGUCAUAAUGCUGGCACAAAUUCCUACAUCUUGUGAAUGUUGCUCAGGGCACUCAAUUGGUAGGAGGAAGUACUAGUAGUAUGUGAAUGUAAAUACGCACCACAACCAUAAAAAGCAUCUGCUAUGAUUACUUUGUAAAUGAUGAGUUGAUUUCUGUUCAGCUGCAUUGUGGGUUUAAUGUCAACAACGAGCUGAUCCAAAUCUGGACUCAUAUUUGUCGUGUCCUCACGAACUGUAGCUUGAAUAUUAUUGUUUUUGUUGUUUUUUUUUAAGUAAGGUUGCCUUUUGGGGAAUGUACUGCAUAUACAAUUGCUUUUGCCAGUAAAACAUUUUUAUUUUUUAAGUGUCACUUCAUCAUAGCACUUUUAAAAUACCCACAUUGUUAUGUGUCAAAAACUGCUGCUGAGUGGGUCUAUACAGGUGGUCCCGGUGUUUCGUGGUUACGUACACGCUCCCAUAAAUGAAUUAAAAACAUACAUUUGUUCCAUGAACACGAGACUAGCUCAAGAACUAGUUACAGUGCAGUGUGACGCCGAAGAAUAUACUGUCUGAUCAAAACUGGCCGUACUUGACUGUCGUGACUAUCAUUAAAGCCUCCGUCACAUGCACAUGGGCUCCCGGUCUACGGGCUCCUACGGCCGGUCUACGUGCGGAAAAACGCACAGAGGGCGCACGUUUGACGUGCUGAUUUUUGAGCCUUAGGCCACAGAAGGUCUUUGUCAUGCCAAACAAACUCUAUGGGCGCUUAUUUUUUUUUCAGGUUGCAGGACAAACUUAGGCACUUUUGUACGUCUUCGUGCGUCGUCAGUACGGCAAUCGUGUGUCUUUCGUGCGUUUUGCUGGUGUCGGGUUCGGCCGAAAUGUCAGUUUUUUCGUAUGUCGCACUUGCGGACUCCUGUAUGUGUCAUGCGCCACACGUGCCCCCCACAUAUGUAAUUAAUGUGGCCAACGCACGUUGAGAUAUUUUGUACGUCCUCCAUGCGUGUCAAGAUUAUACUCAUUCAUGGUCACCAUAGAUAUGUGGCGAUUUGUGGCGGCCAGAAAAUUUGUACGCCCGGUUGUGACCUAGGCUUAAAGGCUCACAGGUAUGAUUUUUCAACUUUGCUUAAAUAUGUUCUAUAUUGUUUGUAAUUAUGGUCUACGCCUAAAUUAGUAAAAAUUAUAUUUCUGUAUGUGACUGCCACCAUUUUGGGUAGGCAGUCGUCAGAAAAGGCGCAUUUCCCAAGUUCCCAUCUUAGCAGAGUAAACAAACACAAGAGUUAGCUUGGCGACUUUGAUCGGUAUAUUUUUCAUAAAAAUAGCAGUCGCUGGCUGUUCAGUGUCCAAGCGAUACUGUAAGUUUCUUUUCCAAAAGACGCCGGCGCCGAACACAAUAAAAAAGGCUCCAAACGAGCCCUUUACGCUCAUUAAGUAGCCAAUUUAAAACAAUAAUUGGAAGGAUAAGCAACUCCAAGGUAAUUUACACUUACCAUUUUGUGUUUGAAGCCAACCAAUCUUUAUCUCCAUGUCUUUGUCAGCGGACAUCUCAGCAGACAUGUAGCCCAUACGUCUUAAUUCGAUGUUCUGAAAGUUCUCUAUUUCAUCUCCAGAUGUUUCUUCCUCCUCAAACUCCCCUGGUCUAAGAAGCUAAGACCCAAAAACGGCGGCCGCCACGUACAAAAAUGUAAUUUUUACUAAUUUAAUGUUGGUUCGCUGUCAAAAAAAACGAAAAACGUAGGACAUAAAUACAAACAAUAUAGAACAUCCAUCUAUCGUAUAUGCCGCUUAUCCUCACUUAUGCUGGAGCCUAUCCCAGCUGACUUCGGGCGAGAGGCGGGGUACACACUGGACUAGUUGCCAGCCAAUCGAUUGCAGGGCACAUAUAGACAAUCAUUCACACUCACAUACAUACCUACGGACAAUUUAGAGUUGCCAAUUAACCUAAAAUGCAUGUUUUUGGAAUGUGGGGGGAAACCGGAGUACCCGGAGAAGACCCACGCACGAACGGGGAGAACAUGGAAACCCCACACAGAGAUGCCCAACGGCGAUUCGAACCAAAAUCUCCCUGAUCUCCUGACUGUGUGGCCAACAUGCUAACCACUAGGCCACCGUGUAGCCUCAAUAUAGAACAUAAUUAAGCAAAGUUGAAAAAUCAUGUCGGUGACCCUUUCAAGGACAAGGAUUGUAUUGCAAUGUCUACCCGUACGCUGUAAGGUGGUCCUUCAACAAUUUCUUAAUUGCAAAAACAAAACGGGCUACUGUCGGCCACAACCACGCCAAAACAACAUCCGCAAACUCAACUGUCCUGCCUGCACGCAGCCACACAGACACAGUCAGGACUGCCAGGUCGCUGAUGUUCAGAAAUGAAGAGUAAUAACCAAACAGUGUAGUGGUCUUAUUAAUGGGACGCAAUGAUUACUUUGACAUUAUUAUGGGCCUACAGAGCACAGCAGCCCAUUCUAUUAUUCCUCAUACUUUAAUACUUAUUAUUAAAUCUUUAUAAGGGUGUCCUGAUACAACUUUUUCACUUCCGAUACGAUACCAAUAUACCAUAUUGAUCCAAUAUUAACACGAAUCAUACAUACUUGUAUGACUUAUUUUAUAGUGUGGGAUGUUUGAUAUUACUCAAAUAGAGAACAAUAGUCUGAAACAGUAAGCAUGAGGAAAAACUCAUUUAGUCAUUUACUUCUUCAUGCAUGUGGUGUGUAGAUUCGUCUGCAGUGUAGUGGCAGCUAGACUAAAUAUAGCGAGAGUCCAGGUGCUCAAUGAGACGUUUAAACCUGCCAUUGCUCACCACAGGCAGGGGCUCGCUCUCUUCUGUUGUAACUAAUGUCCAGUGGCCAAUGAGGUUGGUCGUAUUAAACUCCCCCAGUUCCGUGCCACCACGGGAAACUGGUGCAUGGCAAGUUUUCCACUCAGCUUGCAACGGCUUUUUACCGUUACACCGACAUUGCUCUUGCUCCUCGCUGUUGUGAUGGCAUGGUCUCUAUCCGGUCGCUGCUGGAAAAACACAUACACACACACUCUGAUAUCAACCCGCUAUCUGAUAUCAAUAUCAGAUUGGGACAUCCUUAAUAUCCUAUUCUGCCACAACUGAUGCGGAACCAACAGUGUAAAGAACACACACCUUAACAGUGUGCUAUUUAUACUGUGUAAUAUUUUGUGUAACCAUAGCAACUUAAUUGACAGACAAAGUUGAAAACAGGCCGAUUGAUGAGAACACUUGAUUAGGAACCCCCUUCAGCCCAUACCAUGCAGGGGGGAAAAACAAGCAUUAUAUCACUGGAUAGGUUUUGAAGAUGUCCAUGCGUAUUUGGUAACAUGCUGUGUAACCAUGGCGACGUAAUUGAGGACCAAACUGGAAAACGGGCGCUUUAUUAGGAACCCACCCUUCAGGCCAUAACCGUGCAUACAUCAUGCGAGCAACCUGCAAAGCUACAACGCCAGGCCAGAGGUAAGCAACAGGCAGGCCCAUUCAUGAUUUCCGCGGAACGGAACUCGUGCGUAACCUCAAGGGCCACCAACCCCCCCGUGUGUGCUUUGUAUUUGGACGUAGGGCUUUACAUUUACAGUACACGUACUGCAGGACUAAAGGAAGGUUUUGUUGUCAACAUACAAGCUUGAUGAUUACAGCUGUGCCCACUUUUAGCUUUUUUAGAACAUUUUUCCCCCUUCAUUACGUAUGGUACGUUUUGUCUUUUGGCCUUUUUCCCCACCUGUAACUGUACAGUAUCUAAGAGUGGGAUGUAAUGAGAGAACUGUAAAUAGAUGUACAGGAAAACAUCUGUGUGCUUUGAAAAUACAGCUUUGCUUUUGAUUUCAACUCAACUGUUCUAGAAAUAGUACGAUUCUAUGUAGACGCAAUAAACCUCCAUGUUUAAUGAUGA